AUGUUAAACAUAAAAACUGAAGAAUCAUAAGAAAUAGAUUUCUCUAAUAGAUUUGAUUUAUAAAACUUAAAUUCUGAUCGAAAAUUUGUUUUACAUACUAAUUAGAAUCAAAUUUCAAGAAAACACCAUUAAUAGGAAAGGAAAUUAGUUCUACCUUAAAUUUAAAUUCAGAAUUGUCUAACUGAAUAAUCAGAAGAAAGAAAUCCCGGUGCUCAUAUUUAUAAAAAAUAAUUGGAAUGUAUAAAAUUGCCUGAGAUUGAUGAAAAAUUCUUUAUCAAAAAGAAUUUUAAGUUAGAUAUGAUGAAUAAACCAAAAUAAUAUUCACAUUCACAUUAAGUAUCGAGAGAAGAAUAUGAAUUCACUAAUUCUGAAAAAAAUAUAGGUAUUUAAGUAACAAAGAAAGUUGAUUUUUAAGAAGAUGUAAUGAUUUAUGAUUAUAUUAAUCAAACCUAUAGAAAAGAUAGUAUAAAUGGUUCAGCUAAAUCUUUAAAAUUACGAAGAUAAUAAACAAGGAAACUUAGUGAUAAUCUGACCUAAUCAUACGCAUAAAAUUAAAAGACAAAUAGUAUAUUUAAAUUAAGUCCGAAAUCUCGUUUUUUUGAGGAAAACACAACAAAAGAAUCAAAAAACCUAUUUAUCAUUGACAAUAUAGCAAAUGAUGAUAUUUGA